AUGGGCACAGGAUUUGUAUCAGGCAGUAAUGAAGAAACAUCUCCAAGCAACUAUAUGGGCACAGGAUUUGCAUCAGGCAGUAAUGAAGAAACAUCUCCAAGCAACUAUAUGGGCACAGGAUUUGCAUCAGGCAGUAAUGAAGAAACAUCUCCAAGCGCCUAUAUGGGCAUAGGAUUUGCAUCAGGCAGUAAUGAAGAAACAUCUCCAAACAACUAUAUGGGCACAGGAUUUGCAUCAGGCAGUAAUGAAGAAACAUCUCCAAACAACUAUAUGGGCAUAGGAUUUGCAUCAGGCACUAAUGAAGAAACAUCUCCAAACAACUAUAGGGGCACAGGAUUUGCAUCAGGCAGUAAUGAAGAAACAUCUCCAAGCAACUAUAUGGGCACAGGAUUUGCAUCAGGCAGUAAUGAAGAAACGUCUCCAAACAACUAUAUGGGCAUAGGAUCACUAAAGACGUCCUCAGCUGUUACUUCCUACAGACUUCAGAUGGACAAAGAUUGA